AUGGUGGGAGGGCGGGCGCGGGGCUCCGCAAGUGCCCCCUGGCCGGGGAGGCCCCGCUCGCCCCGUCGGGGCUCCUCACAUGGUCCGGCGGGGCCCCCCCGCCACCCGCGCCCAGCCCGGCCCGGCCCCGCCGCGAUCCGCCCCGGCCGCCGGCUCCUCCUCCCGCGGCACCGCGCAGCGCCGGGAUCCCUCCGGGAGCGGCCGCCGAGCGCCGGGACGCGCCGGCAUCGGGCCCGGGAUGGCGCCGCCAGCAGCUGCGGCCCCGCCGGCGUUUUUCUCGGCRCGGAGCGGGAUCGCUCCCGGGAUCGCCGAGGCUACAGCGGGCACCGGGACCACGCCAGCAUCAGCCGCRGUGCCAGCGGGAUCCCACCGGGAUUAGCCGCAGCACCACCGGGAUUUUCUCGGGACCAUAUUGGGAUCAUUCCGGGGCUCACUGGGAGUACGCCAGAAUCAGCCUGGGUGUCACUGGGAUCCCACCGGGAUCCAGGAAGGKGUCAGCGGGGCACACUGGCAUCAGCCGGGAGUGCUGGGAUCUCCUCCAGGUCAGCCACUGCUCCACCAGGAUCUCCUCAGGAUCACACCUGGAUCACUCCCAGCAUCACUGGGAUCAGCCACAGGAUCACUAAAAUCACCCCAGGAUUACYAGGACCUUACCAGGAUCACCCCUGGGAUCACCAGGACCACAGCAGGUUCAGUCACAGGAUUCCCAGGAUUUCAGUGGAAUCUACAGGGCUACACCAGGACUGGCUGCAGAAUCCCCAGGAUCUCCUUGGGAUGACUCCCGGAUCCUCAGAAUMCCACCAGGAUCAGUUGGUUGGGAGCUCACCAGGGCCACACCCGGAUGAGCUGCAGGACUGCCCAGAUCACCAGGGAUCACUCGUGGGAGAGGCAGGACCUUACAGGGAUCACCACCAUGAUCACUGAGAUCUCUCUGGGACCACACCAGGAUCUCAUGGGUGUCUCUGGAUCACCAGGAUCAACUGAGGGAUCACCAGCAGGAAUCUGGGAUGAGCUGCUUCCCUGGCAUCUGCCAUACCCUGGAGCACCUGCAGCCCAGUGUCAUUUCCCAACUUCCCAAACUCUGGGAGAGUUUUUCCAUGGAGCCAUGCCAGAGCACUUCAGGAGACACAGCUGCUUUUGGGAUGCAGUAGGAUCUUCCCACUCACAUGGAGCACUCCAAA